AUGGUCAAGAUCUCUGCCUCGCUCGUUUCCCUGGCCGUGAGCCUCUUCGCUGGCGGCGUUCUCGCCCACCCCGGCCACCAUGGCACGACCGAGAUGAAGUCUCGCGCGGCCUACAUGGCCAACGCCAAGCGCACUUCGCUCUCGCACUGCGCCGACGUGCUCAAGGCGCGCGGUGCCAUGGACAAGGUUGUCGAGCGCCGCCAGAACAAGCUCGAGCAGAUCCGCGAGAAGCGUGGCAUCAAGAAGAGGUCUCUGCUCAAGGCCCGCGACUUCGACGACGUCCUCAACACGGACCACCAGUCCAACCUCACCGGCAUCACGCCGGAGUCCGACCCAGCCACCUUCUUCGGUGACAUGCCGUCUUGCGUGCUGUCUCCCGAGGUGACCGAGGGCCCGUACUAUGUCAGCGGCGAGACUGUCCGCAGCAACAUGACCGAGGGCCAGGCUGGCGUUGAGCUCUACGUCGACGUCAUGGUGAUGGACACGGAGACGUGCGAGCCGCUGGAGGGCGUGGCGCUCGACUUCUGGGCAUGCAACUCGACGGGCGUCUACUCGGGCGUCGUGGCGGGCGGCAAUGGCAACGAAGCCGAUGAGACCAACCUUCAGAACAAGGCGCUCCGUGGCAUCCAGUUCAGCGAUGCGGAUGGCGUGAUUGACUUCAUCACCCUCUUCCCCGGUCACUACACUGGACGCACCAACCACAUCCACGUCAUGUCCCACCUCAGCGCGGAGCAGCUGGACAACGGCACCAUCACGUCGGGGCAGAUCUCGCACGUGGGGCAGCUCUUCUUCGACCAGGAUCUGAUCAGCCUCGUUUCGGCGGCGUCGCCGUACGUGGACAACACGCAGGAACAUAUGCUCAACACCGAGGACAGCAUCAUGGAGCAGGAGUCGGCGACCAGCGACCCGGUGGUGUCGUACGUGCUUCUGGGCGACACCAUCGAGGAGGGCAUCUUCUCGUGGAUCAGCUUCGGGGUCGACACGACCGUCAACAAGACGGUCAGCGCGGCGGCGUCGUGCUAUGCCGAGGGCUGCGUGGCCAACGAGAGAUCGGGCGGCCCCGGCGGACCUCCGCCCAACGGUACUUUCCCCUCGGGCUUCCCGACGCCGCCGGCCAGGAAGUAG